UUUGCACGGAACCGCCAGGCAAGACAGUGGGGCACAGCAAGAAGACCCCAGAAGAUGCUGUCUCUCCUGCUCAUCUGUGUCCUGCCUGCCGCCAACGGGAAGAACUGCCUCCUCUGCUGGCCAGAAAUAUCCGCCCUGCUAGACUAUGACCUGCAGAUUCUCUGGGGCAGCCCAGGGCCCCCCCCAGAGCUCCCCCAAAGCCUCCACUCUCUGUUCCUGGAAGAUAAUGAUUUGCUCCAACUCUCGUGUCUUUCCCUUGUCUCAUCCUCAGAUCGUGACCACUUGGAGGAAGCAACAGCCCAACUCUUCACUCAAGUAGACCAAGCCAUUAAAAAGUUACGGUUCGAUAAGUCAGUACUUCUGGAAGAGAUUCGCAUGCACGAGACUCUCUUUGCCGAGAGGCUGAAGGACAUGUCUGAGGGGCUGAAGGAGAAAGCCUGCAACCCGUCCUGUGACAUGCGCUCCGCAGUGGAGGUCACCAACUGCGCCAACUGCAGGACUCACUUCCUCUCCUGCGGGGACCCCACUUUCUGCCCAGCCAGGCCCUGGCGGUCCUCCACGUGGGCUGUGAGCAUCAGCCUUGGCCUGCUCCUGGCCGCAGCUGGAGGUGGAUCUUACUUUUUCUGGCGCAGGAAGAAGGAAGCAGUAAAGGUACCAGGAAAGGAGACCCCUACCCCAAGGAGGCACAACCUGGGUGUGCCCCGGAGGUAGCAAGGCCUGGAGGGGCCCCAGCUCUGGCCUCCCUGGGUCUGGCAUCCAGAGCAGAGUGGGAUGGAGAGCAGGGACCCUCAGCCGCCACAUAUCAGCCCCGACGUGUGCUGAUGGUGGGGCCGGGGGCCCAGGACAUGCUGGUGGCAAAGCCCGGGCCCCUGUCCCUGGCCUUUGUAAAUAGUCUCUUCAGUAAAACACGUCCUUGCGUCCUA